GGUGGGGGGAAGAGAGAGAGAGAGAGAGAGAGGGGCUGAGCAGUUUGGAUAAGCCUCUUUGUUAUCUUCUCUUCUUACCUUUCAGAAUGAUCAUCUCCAUCUUCCCAUUUAGAAUGAUUAGAAAGGAAGGUAGGAAUGUGAGUGACUCAGGGAGACAGCAAUGGAGAGGUAUUAGAUAGAGAACCAAGAAACUGAGUGAGGGAGGCAAUUCUCUCUCACUCUCUCUCUCUCACCUCCUCAUGGGUGUCCCUGACUCACGGCCCUGUAACAAAGUAAAACAUUUUCCCAUUUAAUUAUUGAAGCCAUUAUAGUCUAAUUAUUAUAUAAACACAUCACAUUUUCCCAAAAUUUGCCGCUGGAUCCCCCUGCGUGGAUUCAACAGCAAGGCUUCUUCUCUCUCACUCUCUCAUAGCCAUAUACGGAAGCAAACAACAAUUACUGUCAUCCCCCUCCCCCAUUAUUGUUCCUCGCAGGAUGCUUUCUACCACCUGCAUUCUCCUAUUUUGCCUUAUAACCACUCUCCCUCCUCUUCUCAGAGCCGCCUUCAAUCUCACCCUCUCCUUCCCCCUCCCCCACCAGCACCCCGAUCCUGAGGUUGUUGUUCAAGAAUUGCACAGCCGCCUGAAUGGGUCAAUAUCCAGGCGGCAAAUGCUCGGGGUCCACGAGAAGGACCAGUCUUCCUCGUGCCUCACCGGAAACCCCAUUGACGACUGUUGGCGGUGUGACCCCAACUGGCGCAACAACCGCCAGAAGCUCGCCGACUGCGGCAUUGGGUUUGGCCAGGGCGCCGCCGGCGGCAAGGGCGGCCAAAUCUAUGUCGUCACUGACUCCUCCGACAACGACCCCGUGAACCCCGCUCCGGGCACCCUCCGGUACGCCGUGAUCCAGACGGAUCCACUCUGGAUCGUCUUCUCCACCAACAUGCUCAUCAAGCUCCGGUGCGAGCUCAUCGUUAACAGCUUCAAGACCAUCGACGGCCGUGGCGCCGACGUCCACAUCACCGGCGGCGGGUGCAUUACCCUCCAGUACGUCAGCAACGUCAUCAUCCACAAUAUCCACGUCCACCACUGCUACCCCGCCGGAAACGGAAACGUGCGGUCGUCGCCGACGCACUCCGGGUGGCGGGGCAAGUCGGACGGCGACGGGAUCUCGAUCUUCUCGGCGCAGAACAUCUGGAUCGAUCACUGCUCGCUGUCGUACUGCACGGACGGACUGAUUGACGCGAUCAUGGGGUCGACCGGGAUCACGAUUUCGAACAACUACUUUUCGCACCACGACGAGGUGAUGUUGCUGGGUCACGACGACGCGUACUCGCCGGACUCCGGGAUGCAGGUGACGAUAGCGUUCAACCACUUCGGGGAGGCGCUUGUGCAGAGGAUGCCGCGGUGCCGGCGGGGUUACAUUCACGUGGUCAACAACGAUUUCACGGCGUGGGAGAUGUAUGCCAUCGGCGGCAGCGCUAAUCCCACCAUCAACAGCCAGAUGAACCGCUACACUGCUCCCUCCGACCCUAACGCGAAGGAGGUGACGAAGCGCGUGGAAACGGAGGAGCAGGAGUGGGCGGGGUGGAACUGGAGGACGGAGGGGGACAAAAUGAUAAAUGGGGCGUACUUCGUUCCGUCGGGGGCGGGGCUCAACGCCUACACCAAGGCCACCAGCCUGGACCCCAGGCCCUCCGUCUUCAUCGAUCAGAUCACCAUGAACGCCGGCGUGUUUGGCAGCUCCUCCAGGGACAGCAGCGCCAGCAUGUCGUAUCCGCCGGGGUUCAGCGGCGGCGGGACCAGGGGCGGGGGAUCGGGGUCCACCAGUGGUGACGGGGAAGACUUAUUUGGGAUGAUCUUUGGGGGCGGGGGCAGGGGCGCCGCUAGUGGGAGCGCCGCGCCACCGUCCCCCGCGUCAGCAGCAGCAGCCUCUGCCCUUUUGUCUCUUCUAAUUAUUCUAAUUUUGUACGUUACCACCACCAACCGUGGUGCUCUAUAAUUAUUAUUUAUACAACCCAAAAAAAAAAUUGUAUGGAAAAUAUUGAUAUUUUGAAAUGAAAAGAAAAAGAAAAGGAAGAAAAAAAAAUUGCUCAAA